AUGAUCUUCUCACCGUUCAUUCGCCUCUUUCGUCGUAUAGCUCCGUCUGGUCUUCCAACUGCUCUCCCAUCCAUCUCGACACCCUUAGGUCCACCUUCCAGCCAAACGUCAAACUCCGUCCCUCUCCUCCUUCUCGUCACUUCGGCUCUCCAACGUCUGGAUCUAUCGACAGACCCAAGAAAGACGAUACGGAAGAUCUCCAAAGCCGAUUUGACGCUCCCUCGACUCUUACCGUACAUCUUCUUCGGCCUCGAUGCCCUUUAUUGUCUGUACAUUAUGCGGGUAUCGAUCCUCCUCAAACUCGCCAUACCGACUCUCUACGCCCUUGCCAUCUUACUGCCCUUCUCCUCUCAGCUCAUAUGGCCAGCUACACCCGUCUUGACCUGGGCAUUGACAUUUUUCACGGCGAGAUUCAUCCCUUCUUCCCAUCGUCCAGAGAUCCACGUCGCUCUCUUGCCUGCACUCGAAAGCGUCUUAUACGGCGCCAAUAUUUCCGAUCUUCAAACGAGGUAUACAAACUCUUUCAUGGAUGUCAUGGCUUGGAUUCCUUAUGGCGUUCUUCAUUUCAGCUUGCCAAUCAUUGUCGCUUUGAUUCUAUGGGCAGUCGGACCGAAAGGCGCUCCUCAAUACUGGGGCAAAGCAUUUGGAUGGAUGAACCUCGUCGGGGUCUUGACUCAGAUCUUGAUCCCGUGUGCCGCCCCGUGGUACGAGAUCAUUCACGGCCUGACCCCUGCCAAUUACGCCAUGCCCGGUUCACCCGGUGGACUCUUACGUAUCGAUCGAGUUCUCCAUACCUCGACCUAUACCAAUGCUUUCGGAGCUGCUCCGUUGGUCUUUGGAGCUUUUCCUUCUCUCCAUUCCGGCUGUGCAGUCAUGGAAGCUCUGUUCAUGUCCCACUUUUUCCCUCGAUUCAAGCCCGUCUACUGGGGUUAUGUUGGUGUGCUGUGGUGGGCGACCAUGUACCUCUCACAUCACUACCUCAUCGACUUGACAGCUGGAGCAUGCCUUAGUGUGAUCGUCUUCUACAUCACGAUGCCGCCUCAAUUCAAGGAUGUCGAUCAGAUCAUUUGGUCCAGAGAACAAGGAGGCGCAGGAGUACCCAUGUUCCAAGCUACGACUGGUCCAGAUGCUGGACCUCUGGCAGUAGGUGGAUCUAGUGGUCUGGAAGGGAUGCAACAUCGGGACGAGAGGCAGACAGCCAGUUUCGAAGCGAGAUUGGAGAGGAUAGAGAGGCAUGAGGGUGGAGAUGAUAAUGAUGAUGAAGGGGAGGAGGCGACGGAACGAGGUGAUGGCGUUGAACCUGACGAGGAAGCUAGAGUGGAAGGAAAGGCUCAAGAAGGCGGUUCGGGCCAUCCUGCGAGAGUGAAGCGAAAUGUCAGUUGGGGCGAGACCAAAGUUUUGGGAGAAGAAGCUGGUCGUCGGAAGAAUGAGAAUGCAAGUGACGGAGUGUAG